ACAGCUGCUUUGCUGGAAAAGCGACCCUCCGCUGCUGCUGCUUCGGCUCGUCUGUGCGGUACCAACAUCCUGUCGUCGCCGCGCACGACAGAUGUAGAUGGGUGCUAAUAGCAUCGUUGUGCCGUGACGAAAAACAUCGACGAACGACAGGCUUCCGAUGACAGCUAACGGCGCCAGCGUUGGCGCUCGCUGAAGCCCCCGGCGACUGAAGAUCGACAGCCGCUCAGCUGUGGGCAUCGCAAUCGGCGUCGCGGAAUACAUCCAGGAACAUCCGAGAGGUUCUUUAAAAUUGUAGUUGGCCGACUACGCCCAUCACCAACAUGGCAACGAAAUAUGCGAAUUUCAGCUCUGGGUCCGGAGGAUCCUCGCACGGAGAAUUUCAGAGUCUUUCACAGACGAUAGGAACAAAUGUCCAAAAAAUCAGUCAGAAUGUGGGGUCUAUGAAAAAGAUGGUGCAGCAGCUGGGGACUUCACAAGACUCUGAGUCGUUGCGGUCACAGCUGCACCAGAUCCAGCAGUACACCAAUCAGCUGGCCAAGGACACCAAUGGGCAGCUCAAGGCCCUGGCGGCCAUGCCCUACGGGGAGCAGGGCGCCGGCCGCCUGCUGCGCGAGAAACUCACCAACGACUUCUCCGAGGCCCUGCACCACUUCCAGCUGGUGCAGCGUGCCGAGGCUGACAAGGAGAAGGACUCGGUCAAGCGCGCCCGCGCCGCCUCGGGCAUCGGGUUUGAGUCAUCGAGCAGCCGGGGUGGCGCAGGCAACCUGAUUGAGUUGGCUUCGCCGGUGCAAGCGCAGCAGCCGCAGCAGCAGCAGGCACAGAGCUUUGCCCAAAUGGACGAGCAGGUGAACAUCGAGAUGCUCCGGGAACGGGAACAAGCCAUCCGCAAACUUGAGAACGACAUUGUGGAUGUGAAUGCAAUAUUCAAGGACCUUGCGACGUUGGUUCACGAUCAAGGAGACAUGAUAGACAGCAUUGAAGCAAAUGUGGAGAGUGCCGCGGUGCAUGUUGAAGAAGGGGUCCAGCAAGUUGCAAAGGCGAGGCAGCAUCAGGAGAAGGCUCGGAAGAAGAUGUUUUGUCUGUUUAUCAUCGGCGUUAUCGUUCUGGCCACACUGAUAACGAUAAUUGUAGUGUCCGUCAAGAGCUAACCUGAACGAGGCAACAUUGCAGGGAGCCUGCCUGUUCGUCUGGCUGUGUGUCCGAGGCCGUGGAAAAACAACAGGGGGAAUUGAAGAAAGAAAGAAAAGAAAAAAAAAACUCCACCACCUUUGCACGUCUGCUUGGAAGAUGACCUUGUCGACGACAUCUCGAACUGUGCUCGCGGCUCACUAUUUACCGGCAAACGAAGUGCCGCCGGCUCCGUAACAUUCCACGCAGAGAUUUAGUUGUCCAAAGAGGUCUGAGCUUGUUGGGUGUUUUUGCGGCUAGAAGGGACAUGGCGUGAGUUUGUUUGCUUAGUUGGCACGCUAAUUCCUACUGUUGUUAUGGAGCCGAGUCACUUUGGACGCAGAGACAAAAGCUAACCAUGCACGAGUCUUACCCUUCCAUCGACCAUGUUUGUUUCUUUUUUCUUUUUUGUUUGCCCUUCCCCCCUCCUCUUGUCUGUUGGCCUAAAUAGCCAGUGAUGUACAUACACUAAUAUAUUCUGGUUGCUCAGACAAGGGUACACCAUUGUCCUGUUUGAAGUGACAAAUAAAACAGUAUGCAAAGAA